AUGGUCGGUUCUGCAGUUGUCCAAGGGGCAGUUAGCCAAAUCCUAUCUGAUUUGAUUGACAGGCAUGAGGGGAAAGAGAAAUUGAAGGACAACGAAAACUUGGAGAGGCUAGAGAUGGCGCACAUCAAGUUGGAGGCUGCUCUCGAGACAUCUGAAAAGUGGCAGAUCACUGAUGCAUCGUUGUUGCGUUGGCGGAAAAAAUCUGAAGCGUGCUGCUCAAGAAAAAAACAUUGGGAGAAUCUUCAUAAUUGUGUUUCUCAAUGGAAUCGCCCAAACCCAUCAUGUUGCAAGGAGCUUGACCAGCAUGAACUUCACUGUAGUAGCAACACAGGCAUGCCAGUUAUUUCUCUAGAAUCAGUUAUUGGAGUGCACUUGCAGUGCCAAGUCUCACUGCAUGGAGGCGAUUUUUGUCUGCAAGAUUCUCAAUAUCUGAUAGCUGGACUACUGUUUAUGCCCCAUGGCUCUUCAGAGGACCUGCUGGCUGCGGAUAAAAGCUCAGCUAUAGUGGUGAAUCACAGUGAGGAGCAACAUUGCGCUCAUACAGACAUUACCUUGGCACAGCUGGAAGAGAUCACACUACCAAAGGCUGUAGAUUACUUCUGCCAAAACACAGACACAUUAGUGUACCAGAUGCUUUGGAAGUCUAAACAUGGUGCUGCAUAUAUUCAAGUUGUGAAGGCAAGCACGACGAUGCAUAGCACACGGCGAAUGACUCGGGCACUAGGGCAAGAAAGGCAGUGCAACGACAGGAUCAGGAGCUGGAGGAGCAGCCGUAUGUGGUUCCUCACUUCCUCAACUUAA